UCCUUCUACUGCUGUGUUUGUGUUUCUCAGCAACCAAACUAUGCAAACCAUUUCAGUGCUCUGAAAUCAGAACAGGGCAAUUUGAUCCACUAUUCAUAACCCCAUUUCAGAGUGGUAAAAUGGCUUCAAAAUCAAAGCUUCAAAAAUCAAGCAUUGAAGAUAGGAUUAGUGGGUGGCCGGAUGCAAUUCUUUGCCAUAUACUUUCCUGUUGUACUACAAGAGAGGCUGUGCAGACCAGUGUUUUAUCACGUAGAUGGAAGAAUGUGUGGGCUUCUGUUCCCAGUUUAGAUUUGGAUGAACAAAAAUAUCACCUGGAUUAUGUUAAUCGUACUUUACCGAGGCCACUAAGAUACGUCUUGAGUAGUUUUCCGCAGUUUGUGAAUCGUCUACUUUUGUUUCGUAGCCCCAUAAACAUUCAUAGACUCCAUCUUAAGACUACUAUGACGUCUGAUGCUUCUCUUAUUAAUGCUUGGAUUUCCACUGCCGUAAAGCAUAAUGUUGUGGAACUUGAUCUUUGUGUGGAGACACCUACAGAGCCACAUUUUGAGAUCCCCAAAAGCGUUUUUUUGUGCAACACAUUGGUGAGUUUAAAGCUGUGGCUGUCCCAAGAUGUUAGUGCUGUUACUCCUAGCGCAAAAUGUUUCCCGUGUCUCAAGUUCCUCCAUGUUACAGUUUGGUGUCCUGAUUCUGACUCGAUGGAGAAGCUCUUUUCUUGUUGCCCUGCACUUGAACAUUUGAUUAUAGAUGGACAAGUUGACGACGUUUUGGCUUAUAAUAUCAAUAUCUCUGGACCUAAGCUGAAAAGACUGCAAAUUGGCUUCAUUGUCCAUAAGUUUGAUACAAGAUCUAGUAAUGUUGUAAAUUAUGUGUGCCAAAUAUUCGUUAAUGCCGAUGCUCCAUACCUUGAAGAGUUGGAUAUAUACUAUGACUUUUUGGUGAGCUAUUCUUUGACGGAUGCCAAAUCUAUGAGGAAAGCCAAGAUAGAUUUCUUAGAUGUGGACGAGCUUGACAACCUUCAUUGUUUCCUUGGCCUUGCUGAUCGUGUGCGCAGGCUCUUUGCAGAAAUUUUUAAUGUUAAAUAUCUGUCAGUUUCAGCUGCAAUCUUGGGGGCUCUUGGCAUUAAAGGUCAACAUCUUUUGCCUACCUUUAAUAAUUUGAAGCACUUGGAGCUACAACUUCAAACGUGUUGCUGUUUGCAAUCACUGCCAACUUUGCUCAAGCUAUCACCGAAUUUGGAACAUCUUGUGUUUGAAAAUAACACCAAAUUUUGUGCUGAUGACAAUGAGGAUGAGUUUGUACAUGAAUGGGAUGCGCCAGAGUUUGUACCUGUUUGUUUGUUUUCACACCUCAAGACUAUUUGCCUACGGGAGUUCAAGGGGUGUCCAAAUGAGAUGGAAGUGGCAAAGUACCUGGUGAAGCACGGCAAGGCUUUGAAUAAGGUGACUAUUUAUACUCGCUUUUGUGAAGAAAAAGAGAUGAAGUUACAGCCUCCAAUUGCCUCCUUGUGCUUGGAAGUUUCCAAGUUCCCUAGGGGUUCAAAGACUUGUGAAAUUGGUUUUCUGACUUUUACCUAGAUCCUCUAUUUGGGAACAUACGAGACUACUUGGUGAAGCACAGAAAGGCCUUGAUUAAGGUGACUGUUUAUACUUGCUUUUGUGACAAUGAAGAGUUGAAGUUACAGGCUCCUGUGACAAUCAGAACAUUCAA